AUGUUUUUGAUUCAGAUUUUCCGAUGUUCAUUCAAUGAAACUCGUAUUAAUGGACCGCACUCUAAUUUUCUCAGCUAUGACGUGAUCAUCUUCGAUUUCGGACUAUUUCAUGAGCUUAUACAGGCUCAAGAGUGCAUAGCGAAUUAUUUGGAUGGUGGUUAUAUGCGGUGUUUAUGGUGUUUCAGUCAGUUGGUGGCGAUUGGAUGUGCGUUAUUCAGUAUUGUGUGCAUUCGACAAGCACAUCCACUUUACUUAUGGCCUUUACUAAUUAUGCAGAAUGCAUAUUGCUUCGGUCUUAUGAUUUUGACGAUCGCAACGGCCGAUAAAGUGCUUGUGAGUAUUUUGCAUCCACUCAACGGACACCUCAAUCUUUUGAUAGCGGCCUUUUUUGUUGGUACUUGUACGAAUCAUCUGUUCAAUUACAUUCUUUGGCAUUUCUACUGGUAUCGAGAAGCCGAUUUCUUGCGGCGAACUGGACAGCAUGUGAUACCGUUUUGGGUUUAG